UCUUCAAGGGACGCUACUCUUUGAGUCUUUCUAAAGAAAUUCGUCAUCGCAUAAUACCGACUUCUUUGUAGAGAUUUGGAAAGUGAGAAACUUGAGAAGAGGUCAGGAAAACAAGGUUUUAGAUAAAUAUGGAUUCUACAGAAAAGAUACUCUUGGAUCCGUACUUGUAUAUAUGUCAGAUACCAGGGAAAAGGAUCAGAGGAAAGCUGGCACUUGCAUUUAAUCAUUGGCUGAAGAUACCAGAUGAUAAACUUCAAGUGAUAGGGGAGGCAACUCAGAUGUUACAUAAUGCAAGUUUACUCAUAGAUGAUAUUGAAGACAACUCCAAUUUGAGAAGAGGAAUUCCAGUGGCUCAUAACAUAUAUGGUGUAGCACACACAAUAAACUCAGCAAACUAUGUAUAUUUCCUGGGACUGCAGAAAGUACUUUCACUGGAACAUCCCGAGGCUACCAAGGUUUUCACAGAGCAGAUAUUGGAGCUACAUAGAGGACAGGGUAUGGAUAUAUACUGGAGGGAUACAGUCAACUGUCCCACUGAGGAGGAAUAUAAAACCAUGGUGAUCAGAAAAACUGGAGGCCUGUUUGGAUUGGCUGUUAGACUGAUGCAGUUGUUCAGUGAUAAUAAACAUGAUUUUAAACCUCUCCUGGACAAUUUAGGGCUGUAUUUUCAAGUCCGGGAUGACUACGCAAAUCUCAUAUCAAAGGAGUAUGAAGCCAAUAAGAGUUACUGUGAAGACCUUACUGAAGGAAAAUUUUCAUUCCCACUUAUACAUGGAAUAUUGUCCGACAAGGGAGAUAAUCAAAUAUUGAGUAUAUUACGACAAAGAACUACAGAUAAUGAUGUGAAAAAAUACUGUGUUGAUUUAUUACACAAGAAAGGCUCUUUUGAUUACACGAAGGGGAUCUUAAUUGAGUUAGAACAACAGAUAUAUGAACAGAUGGAAACAAGUGGAGGAAAUCCACAUUUGAAAGGACUGAUUGAUGAACUGAAGAAAAUCUACACCUCUUGAUGAAGGAUAAACUUAGCAUUUUUUUUUAUAAAGAUUAAAUUAAAUAUUCUCUUUCAGCUGAUAUUUAUAGAACUUUUUUAUUUAUUUCAAUUUCUAUCUUUACAUGUUAAACAGCUUAUAUGUGAAUGGACCAAAUGUUUUGAUAUCGUUUUGUUAGAACAGGACAAGUCUGUGCCCUUUUUACGUGAUAUUGUCAAUUACACUAAUCAUUGCGUACAUCCAUUUUGUUGUAAUCACCAUGUAUUUGUGGAGACAUACUGUGUAUGUGGUUUCUUUUUUGCCAGACAUGAUCACAGUGUUUAUGAGCAUAAUAUCUGUACAAGUUUGAUAACAAGCUGGAUAGUUCCAGUCACUGUUGGAGUUAUGGCCCCUGAAUAAGUUAAAAUUGCAAAAAUUGACAUUGUCUGCUUAUUGACUUAAGCAUGUCCAUCGAAGUUAAGCAGAAUGUUAAUGGGACUAUUACCUUUGCCAGGUUUGAUAACUUGCCAGACAGUCUAUAUCGCUAUGGAGUUAUAGUCCUUGAAUUCGUGGAAAAUGAGUUAAUAUAAAUACAGUUUUAAAAACACUUCAGUUCAUGUUUUCACCAUUAAGAUAGGGUUAAAGCUCAAACUGUGUAAGAAAAGAUCAGGGUUUUAACCAGGACAUCCUAAUGCACUGUUAUGUCAUAAGCUGCUUUGAAGGGAUGCAGUUGGGGAUAUCUUUUUCAUUUCUUUCAGAAAAGAGAAAAAGUCUUUAACUCUAAAGUGUUUUUGUCAGGGUAGCCUGAUCCUAUAUCAGAGACUUUGGUGUGUGUGCAUGGAUAUUAAUACAGAAAAGGUACCAUAGAAAAUUGUGAAUUGUGGGCAUAUUUUUGUCCAAAUCAUUCAGCUAAUGGGGAUGUUACGAUUGUUCACCAUUUCUGUAAAAGGUAACUAGUCACACUGAAUUGUCUAGGCUGAGAUUGAUGUUCCAAAAUAGACAAAGUUGGGUUUUUUUUGUUUUUUUUUUUUUAACAAAAUGAAUUUUAAGUAAAUUAGAAAGAAGCAUUUAACUUGUAAUUGUUAUCACCAGAUGUUUACACGUCCAUUCUACAGAUAGAGGAGCAACUCAAAUUUAAACAUAUUGGCACAGAUAAACUUUUUAUACUAUUUGGUAUUAUCACUCUUUUUCUUUCAAAACGAAGGAAACGUGUUUUAUACUGUCUAAAAUUGCACUGAAAUGUCCAGUAGAGAUAACUUAUUUUCGAAAUCAGACGUUUAACACAUGCACAUGAGAUCAAAAAUCUAUGUCGGCAAUCUAGGGUUAAAUUAAAUUGCAUGGAACUGAAAUUUAAAUAUCUGGACAAUUACUAAACUUUUAUGCUCAAGUGAUUAGUUAAUGAUAUACAUCUUGAACAAAACACCGCCUUUUUCAAUAUGUGUCAAUCAUUUGUAUAUUGACCGCGUACCUUUUGUGUCGGCAAUUUAGACAACAGAUACAUUACAACAUCUAUUCACUUCAAAUACUCAGGUGCGUAAUGCAUGUUCCGGAACGACUAUUGACAGUUUGAAUGUUUAAUGAUAUGAUUAUCAAAAAAAUAUUUAUUUUUUAACAAAAUGAACAUAUUGUAGAAAAUAAAAUAAGAUAAUGAUCAACUGCCACCAUGUUUCAAUUUGUUUUUAACAGAUACAUUACGAAGUUUUUCAUUCAGCAUGCACUUAUAUUGCAUUUAUCUAGAAAUGUUACUGGACAGUGUAGUAGAGCACGUAUUUAACUUUGUACCCGAGUAAGUAUUUAACUUUCAGUCCAGAUUUUCAUAUUUUUCACUUGAGAAAACAUAUCAAAAACAGAUACGUUACAAACAAUAGAUAUGUUAUACGAUUGUGCUGUAAAAGUGUAAACAUGUUUGAAUUGUUUGGAUAAUCAUCACCUUAACUUAAAGUUUUAGAAAAAAGUUGAUGGCGGUUUUAUUAUUGAUAUCUGAAGUUAAUAAGACUUCAUAAAUAUUGAAUAAAACAGAUGCGUUACAAUUUCAAUUUAUUAUGUUAGAUGUUCAUAUUAAAGUUUUUUCUAUACAAAAAAUUAACAUUUUGUGUUAUAUUUCUUUAUUUUCAAAUAGAAUCAUAUCAAAAUGUAUCAGAUAUAAAGCAAAUGUAACGCCAAUUAAUCAAUUUAAAAAAUGCGACAGAUACUUUUAUACGAAAUGGGUAGACAAUUUUUACUAAAAAGACUGUAUUUUCAGAUAUAUCUAAGAACCAACAGUUAUAUUGUUCAUUUAGUAUGUUUCCCACAUCAGUUCAAGGAUGUUAAUCUUCAUGAUGAUACAGAUCUUAUUUCAUAAUCCAAAAUAAAAUGCGUUUUAUGAAAACUGAUAUUUGUGUAAAUUACAUUAUUUUUUCCAUACCAUUUGAUUUAUUUUAUCAAUCAUAAUAUAUAAAUAACUUCAUUUCUUAUUGAACUAUAAAGAUUAUUUAGUCUGAACAGGUAAAUAACGGACAUAAAUAUUGUUAUGUGUUAUAUUAAAAUAUUUUUUUGAAUGAAAAUUCGCAGUGUAACGUAUCUGUCACAGAUUUACAGCUAUCUUUGCAAAAUCAAUGAAAUAACGAAAAAUUGUCUAUAGUUAACUAAAAGAUUUGAUUUGUGUACUCCAAAGGCAUGAAACAACUCAAAAAAACCAAAUCUGAUUAUAUUUGGGAACAUCAGAUGUGGGCACAUUUUUACUGUCCAAGUUGCUCCUCUAUCUGUAGAAUGGAUGUACAUUUCCAUAGUUUUUCUUAUUUUUUCCUUUCUGGAUUUCUGAGGAUUUUAGGAUUGAAGUAUGGAAUAGGCAUUUUACAUUGGUAUGUAUGGUAUAGACAUUAUACAUUGGUAUGUACGGUAUAGACAUUGUACAUUGGUAUGUACGGUAUAGACAUUGUACAUUGGUAUGUACGGUAUAGACAUUGUACAUUGGUAUGCACGGUAUAGACAUUAUACAUUGGUAUGUACGGUAUAGACAUUAUACAUUGGUAUGUACAGUAUAGAAGAUUAGUAUGAAGAGGAAGGUAGAGUGAUAUUUUAUGACACUCCCACAGAAAUACAUUAUAAAGCUGCAUUAUAACAAUCUUUAUGAUUUUACAUGUAAUGUGAUAUAGGCUAUUUAUAUUGUAAAGUCUUACAACAUGUUCAUUACCCUCUUAUUCUGGACUUCUGCUGUUUACUAAGAAAUGGAUUAUGAAGAAAUUUGCUUUUAAACCCACUUCCACUGGGUCAGGAGUUGGACACUUCACUAUUUGUAGUUUUGUAUAACAUUUGCAUAUUUCAGAUGGUCUAGUGUCAUUCUUAGUUUUGUCACAUUUUAUGUAUUCAUAUGCUGUUCAUUAUCAUAAUUCACUUAAUCUCUGUUAAUUUAUACAUCUGUGCAAUGAUAUUAAAGACAAAAAUUGUC